CACAUGGAUGGGCCACCCUGUAUAGAGUGAUUCAAGAAUUGCGUGACGUAUGACGUGAAAAGUACUGAGUCAGUCUUACUAUUUUAUUAUUUGAAUUAUCUACAAAACUCCACUAAUUUGAAUGCAAAACUACUAACAUGCUGACUUUGCACCCAAGGAUUGAGAAUUCCUCCGUUAUUAUCAAGGAUGAGCAAAACUCUUAUCAAUCGCAUAAUAUAAAUAUAUAAAUCGUAAUCUUUUCGAAGAACGAUGGGUUUACCUGAUGUCAUCGUAGUCGCUAUACUUAUCGAUAAAAAAACACUUGAUGCUGGGCAAGUAAACAAAUUCAUAUGCUAUAUAAAUGAUAAAGAUCAAAAUUCGUAAAUUGGUACAAUCAUAUUUCCAACAUGACUCGAACAACAGAAAUAUUGAUUUUUGUUGCGAUUUGCUUCAUCGCUGUUACGUCUGCAAAAGAUCCAUUUGAACUGGUUGAAGGAAAUUGCAGCCAUGCUCAGGCAGGAGAUAUGGUUCUACUGAAACACGUACAUAAGUAUGCCUUACCUUUAACUACCAGAGAAGAAACGGGAAACGGUAGAAUCUAUUGUAUAACGGUUUUGAGCGAAAGCAAAGACACCAAAUCUGGCGUGAGAGUGAGCAACGGUGGUGUUUGGUACAGCUUUGCAGACGUAUAUGUUCAUUCUGAAAGAGUCUGUUGUAUAAAAUUUUAUUCAGCGUAG